GGGCGAUGGACCUCCGCCGAGGGCAGCUGUGGGCGCUCUUGCUGCUGCUUACCGUUCAAUGUGUAAAACCAAUUCCAAAAGACGAAACAUAUGUCCUUGAUGGAAAGCCUUCACUGGCUGCAGAAUUUCCAUGGCAUGUUGGAAUAUAUUUACAUGAAAAUGAUGGAUAUUUACAACUAUGUGGUGGAACCCUUAUAAAAAGAAAGUUGGUUCUAACUGCUGCUCAGUGCCUUCGAAAAUCAAAUAAUCCUAAGGAUUACGUGAUUGUAGCGGGCAAAUACCACAGAGGCUGGGAUAUAAAGGAUCCAACAGAACAACAACUUGAAGUGGAGUCAAUUGUGAUUCAUGAUAUGUAUAGAGGACCUUCACGAAAUUAUGCAGAUGAUAUAGCUAUAAUAGUUCUGAAAAAUGAAAUAACAAUCUCAGACUUUGUGAGACCAGUUAGUCUAGAUCUUGAAAGUAAAUAUGAGAGAGAACAACUGUCUUCUGGGAGUUUUGGCUCUAUUGCCCACUGGGAGUACAAUGAAAGUCCAGAACCAAAUGACGUACUGCUAGUGACCAAAUUGACAUUUAUCGAGUUCAGCCAAUGUUACGAGCUACUUCCCCAGUCUGUAAGACCUUUAUUUGCUUCUGACAAAUUCUGUGCAGGAUUUGGAAAUGGUACUGCAGUUUGCGCAGGUGAUGCCGGUGGUGGCCUGUUGUUUGAGCAUAAGGUAACAGCCACAACAAAACAGUGGUUCAUUCAGGGAAUAGCAAGUUUAGGUCCAUCAAGAGGAGUGAAACCGUGUUCCGGUUACCCGGUUCUUUUCACGAGAGUGAACAGUCAUCGGAACUGGCUCGAGACAUACUAUGACAAAUAUUAAAAAAGAACAGUACAUUAUGAAACAUGUACUAUAAUUAGACAUGUAAGAACUUUAUUCUGGAUUCCACUCAAUGUAAAUAAGCUUGUGAGUGUUUGAUUAGGAGGGGCGAGGGCUUUUAAGCUAUAAUAAAGUGUCUUCCUAGAAAAUCCAAUACAUUUGUAAUGCAUAGAAGAGAAGCUUCUUCUUUCUUUGCAGAACCGAAGUGUCCCUCAAAUGUAAUUUACGUUGUGAAAUAAUUUCAUGUAUUUGUAUCUUUGUGGAACAUAUUAAUUGAAGUAACAAUUUACAUGUAAUGUCUGAAUGAACGUACUGGGUGAUCAAGAAGUCAGUAUAAAUUUGAAAACUUAAUAAAUCACGGAAUAAAGUAGAUAGAGAGGUACAAACUGACACACAUGCUUGGAAUGACAUGGGGUUUUAUUAGAACAAAAAAAAAGUUCAAAAAAUGUCCGACAGAUGGCGUUUCAUCUGAUCAGAAUAGCAAUAAUUAGCAUAAAAAAAGUAAGACAAAGCAAAGAUGAUGGUCUUUACAGGAAAUGCUCAAUAUGUCCACCAUCAUUCCUCAACAAUAGCUGUAGUCGAGGAAUAAUGUUGUGAACAACACUGUAAAGCAUGUCCGGAGUUACGGUGAGGCAUUAGCGUCGAAUGUUGUCUUUCAGCAUCCCUAGAGAUGUCGGUCGAUCACGAUACACUUGCGACUUCAGGUAACCCCAAAGCCAAUAAUGGCACGGACUGAUGUCUAGGGACCUAGGAGGCCAAGCAUGACGAAAGUUGUGGCUGAGCACACGAUCGUCACCAAACGACGCGCGCAAGAGAUCUUUCACGCGUCCAGCAAUAUGGGGUGGAGCGCCAUCCUGCAUAAACAUCGUACGUUCCAGCAGGUGUUUAUCAGCCUGGCUGGGGAUGAUGCGAUUCUGUAACAUAUCGGCGUACCUACCACCCGUCACGGUAGCAGUUUUGCUGUCCAGCGCCAUCUGUCGGAUAUUUUGUGAACUUUGUUUUUUUUGUUCUAAUAAAACCCUACGUCAUUCCAAGCAUGUGUGUCAAUUUUUACCUCUCUAUCUACAUUAUUCCGUGGUUUAUUAAAUUUUCAGAUUAUACUGCCUUUUUGGUCACCCCGGUACUUGUGACACUUAUUUGUAGAAGAAUACACAAUAUAAAUUUACAAAAUGGUUCUAAAAUGUUGAAUAUUUUGCUGAUAUCAUACCUGUUACAGAGUUAUUACUACAUGAUAUCUGACAAGUUUUAAAAUACUGUAUAUAAUUACGAUAUGGUGGUCACUGCCUCUAAAGGUGGCUUAGACAUAGUGUCAACACGCCUGGGUAUACAAGACAACAGUUCAUUCCUUCAUUUAAAAGCAAAUAAGGUGAGUUUGCUAUUGAUAUAAUAAUGAGCAAUAAAGUUAAGUGCUGUGUUUUACUACAA